AUGUCAUCAGCAAACAACGUCUUCCGGUACACUGCGGACGGGUUGCACGCCCUCUCCCUCACAAUUCUCAUCACCACAAUCCACCUCCGCCACUCCGCCUCCGGCAUCUCCCUCAAAUCCCGGAUCCUCUAUCUCCUCGUCUACCUCACUCGCUAUGUGAAUCCGUGGUUGUUCUCGAAUUGGUAUCUGGCGGGGUGGAAAAUUGGGUAUAUUAUCGCCGGUUCGUGGAUCAUUGGGGCGAUGUAUUGGUGGAGGAGGAGUUGGAAGGGUUGUGAGGAUGCGGUGCGGGUGAGGUGGUUGUUGCUUGGGACGUUCUUGUUGUCGGUGGCAAUCACAGACUGGACCAUUGGACUGUCGUUUUUUGAGUUCACCUGGACUUGGUCAAUCAUCCUCGAGUCCAUCGCAAUCGUCCCACAACUCAUCAUGCUCAUGCGAACCUCCAUCCCAACCGUCAUAAACUCCUACUACCUCCUCGCCCUCGGCCUCUACCGCUUCUUCUACUGCAUAAACUGGAUAUACCGCUACUCCACUGCCCACUACUUCGACUGGAAAUCCGUUGUGUUCGGAACCCUGCAAACGCUCCUUUAUAUCGAUUUUGGAGUCGUGUGGUGGAGGAGGCAGAGGGUGGUAUUGGAUGGGAAUGUUGUGCAGGAGAGGGAUUUUACGACGGGGGUUUUGUUGAACUGGUUGUUUGUGAAUCGGUACAUGGUUGGGGAUGGGAAGGAUGUGGAGUUGCCGGAGUAUCGGGGGGAUAGUGUGUUUAUUCGUGCGAACUCUGGAGAGGAAGAAAGGUCCGGGAAUGAGGAGAACGAGGAAGGAGGUGACGAGGAGCAUAUAACGGCAGAAGAAACCCGGCGCGCCUUGCUGGACAAGCAGUGA